AGCAGCACAUAAAGAACCCACAAAGCAGCUGAAAAUUGAAUUUGAAUUCAUUGCGACAAUCUAAAUAAUUUAACAAAGAUGAAACUGCUCGUUGCAUUCGCUUUGAUUGCCAGCCUCGGCGCUCUGGCCCAGGCAGAGGAAGAGUAUUGCCACAACAGCGUGGUUACCGCCUGCUCUUCGUCGACGUUCUCUGCGCUCACGGGCUUUUUCACAGGCGAAAGCAACUCGAUUUGUAAUGCCCGCUUCGCCGGCAUCGAGCACGUCGAGCCCGAGGUCCAGGCCUACAUCAACUCCCAGUUGACCAAGUCCUACGAGUACCUGCUCCUGGCCACCCACUUCAACUCGUACCAGAAGAACCGUCCCGGAUUCCAAAAGCUGUACCAGGGCCUCUCGGACCGCUCCUUUGACGACAGCAUUGCCCUGAUCAAGCAGAUCACCAAGCGCGGUGGUAUCGUGGACUUCAACACCCGUCACGAGUCGGCCGCCUCCGUCAGCACCCAGCGUCCCACUCUGGAGGUCGACGAGCUGCACUCCCUGGCCCUGGCCCUCGACAACGAGAAGCAGCUGGCCACCGGCGCCACCCACAUCCACACCCGUGCCAUCCACGCCACCGAGCGCGACCCCGAGAUGGCUCACUACAUGGAGGAGGAGUACCUGGGCAAGCAGGCCGAUUCCGUGCGCAAGCUUUCCGGCUACGCCAAUGAUCUCGCCAAGCUGAUGAAGGUGCCGGACCCAUCCCUGUCCAUCUACCUGUUCGACGAGUAUCUGCAGAAGCAGUAAGAGGCGUUCCCGCUCCACACAAUCUACACUCAUCUUCCCUACUAAAUUCCGCACUGCGAUGCCUUUCGAUCACCUUUAAAUUGAUUUGUUUCCCCCGUUCAAUCCGCAAUAAAUCGCAGUGCACAGCAGCAGCAGAAACAACAGCAUUAUCAGAAGUAGCCAUUCUAAUUAUUUACACUGGCCUCGUCCGGGGCCCGUGGUUCGCCUUGGUUUUCCUCCAUUCAAACUCACACCAUGAUUGUGAUAAUGUUAUCAUAAAUAAGUUAGCGAAGUUCGCCCAAAUGUAUCUUUAACAUAUAUAUUACCGAGUGAACAAAUAAACACAACACAAAAUACAAUAUCAA